CAGAGACACACGAGUCAGAGAGAAGACAGCUUGAGAUGACAUCAUGAAGGAGUUGUCUCUGUCCCUGCUGAGUCGAGGCUGUGGUCGAUUCAUCUCAUCCAAGAGAAACCCUGGAAGACAUGAUGGACGCCUGGACGUCUGCUUCACACCACAGGAUUACUACAUCUGGAAGUCCCAGGAGUCUCUGCUGCGUUUGUCCAACAGUGGUCGUCUACUCGCGGAAGCAGAGUCGACCCUUCCAAAGACGUACAGCACUCGUAGGGGCCCACUGCUACUGUACUCCCAGGACCUGGUUUCUAUGGAAACCAGUCGUGGGUCAGUGGCUGGUCACAGGAAGAAGCGGGUUGUGCGACGGUAUUAUCAACAAGUGGAGAAGCAGCUCAGCACCCUGAAGGAGCUGACAGCGGCCAUUUUGAGCUACAGUAACAAUCCGUUCUCCUCUUCCCGACUCGCUCCGUCCCUCAUUCCUCCUCUUCACCUCCCUCCGGGUCCAGAUGUUCCCUCUCCCAGUCCUCAGCCUGUUCGCCCAACACCAGCACAGCCCAGUCCAGAGCUGUUGGUGCAGUUGGACCCAGUGUGGCUUCCUGCAGAGGAAAACACUGAAGAACUGGAGAAUCAACCUGAAGAUGAGGAACUGGACAACAAGAGCAGAGUCAGGCUGGAUGUGUUCCUCCACAUAACCUGUACCUCCAGGAGUCCAACCCCACAGACGGAGCCUCAGCCCUGGGAACAUUAUGUAGCUUUAACCCCUGAGGAACCAGAAGAAGAUCAGGCGUUCUAUGAAAUGUGUCUGCCGCAAACUGAAAGUUCACAGUACACUGAAAUAAACCAUCACAGUACAGGAGGAGAUUAUCCCCACAUGAACCUUUUCCACGACAUGGCGGAUGAUCCAGACUGUUCCAUUCGGAGAAGCAGUGAAACACUCAGUGAUAAAGGCAACUGUGAGAGAUCGAUGAGUGGGAGCCGACACGGGAGGACAGGACUGCACCUUCCUCCAAUGGAACUGGGAAAAUCCGCCUGUUACAGAUCCUCCGGAGAGAAGACAGACUGGUUGGACGGUUCCGAACACUGUGCGCAGCAUCUACCUCCCAUAGCAGUUCCCCCCGCACGAGUGAUCCAGGAUCGGAACCAGCAGGACGUCCGACCUCGAUCAGAAAGAGACACGGUUCAGUCCAGGGAAAAUCCGAAUAGGCUCCGUCUGCCACCUUUGGUUCUAUCCUCACUGUUUCCUGAACAAGAAGGUCAUAAAUAA